UUUGCAAGUUGCGAUAUCUUGAGAUGAUUAACUUUUGAACAUGCAAAAAAAGAAAGGAAGAAAAAAAAAACAACAAAAAAAAAAACCCAAAAAGAAACAUAUGAUAUUAAGCGGUUAAGUAUUUAAACCCAUUUUAGAAAUGAUUUUCCAAAACGGAAUUUAACUAACGUUUUUUUUUACAUAAAAUCCUACUCAUUAUUGUCAAAAUGCUUUUUGAAAGUCUAGGGAAAGAAUAGUUGCCUAUAUAUUUAGUUAGGUUUGUCUGAUAUGUCUUUGAAAUGUGAGUAUUUGAUUUACAGACAAUAUUAUACAGUAAGACGAAGUAGAAGUGAUCUACAGAUUUACUGUGCAAUUUGGUAUAGCUGGUGGGGAUGUUCAUACUGGAGGCGUUACUGGAGAACUAAAUACUAUUAUGUAAAUAUUUGUAGACCUGGAUGGACACACAAUGGGGAUCGAAACUGUAACAUACCUGUAUGUCGUCCGACGUGUCAGAAUGGCGGAGCUUGCGCAAGUCCAAAUGUCUGCCAGUGUCCUACAUGGUCUCGAGGAGUAGGAUGCGCUUCAUUGACAUGUUCUUAUAGACGGCCAUGUUACCCUGGAAAUUGCACUAGUGGCAACGAGUGUACAUGUGAACCUGGCUUCAUAAAACAAAGUCAAUCUGAUGGUUGUUUAGGAUUUGAUUCUACACGUGAAGAGCUUCGUCCAGUUGUCGGUAAGAGUAACGUUACAUUGUCUAAUAUCAGAAGAACUGAUGGUAAAGUUAAUUUUAUGUUCAUAUUAGAGGGCCUGGAGGAGGAAGAGCCCGGUCAACUGGAAAUUAUUUGGUGCAACCAGAGGCGAUUCAAUAAUCUCUAUUUCGAGUAUAUAACAUAUUUCACUCAGCCGGAAAACUUGCCAAAGAGACCAGUCUAUGUGUCUGAAGGGGAAAUAGGAAUAGUAGAAAGCAUCAUAGAAGCCAACGUCAGCAAAGUCCCCAGAGAUGGUGGCCUAAUUAGAGACGAAGGAUCAUUUAAAGUCUAUAAAUGUGAGGGUGGUUUCUCAAAGGACAAUCCAGCAGCUGAGCUGGCCACUUGUGUAAUUGACGAUGAACAGUUCAAGACACUCAUUGAACAUGGAGAUUGGUAA